AUGAAGCAAGCUUCUUCUUCUUCGUCAUGUAAUCCAACAAGUUUAACAAACAGACUUAAAACAAUCUUUAAGAAAGCAGAAGAGCUUUCGAUUCUCUGUGCUAUUGACGUUUGCGUCAUCUAUUACGGACCAGACGGUGAUCUGAGAACAUGGCCUAAGGAUAGAGAGACAGUGAAAAAUAUGGCUUUGAGGUAUAAAGAGGACAGAAAACGCAAGAAGUGCCUCAAUCUUCAUGAGUUCCUCGAGAAAGAGAAGGUGAAGGACAAAGACAAGUAUAAGGGGAAGACGAAUUAUGUGAAGAACCCUAAUUGGUAUCCAAACUUUGAUCAUUACUCUCCUCAACAACUCUCUCAAUUGAUUCAGUCCUUAGAACGAACACUUUCUACUCUCCAAAAAAGGCUUCGUAUUGUUGAGUCGCAGAAAAAACAGAACACAAACUUGGUGCAUCAGAGUUUAACACCAUCGUAUCUGAACCAGACACAACACUUGGAUCCUAGCAAGUUCUCGCUGUAUAUGUACAACCAUGGAGAUGCUACUCUCUCACAACUCCCACUGUCUGCUUCACAAUCCAAUCAACUCAUCAAUUACCAGAUGCAGCAUGGUUUUGGUCAGAACAUGUGUUUGGACAACAUCACCAACAACAACAACUUUCAACAUCCUGGCGUGUCAAACACACAAGACUACUCACCGUUACUUUCGGCGAAUAACUACGGGUUGAAUAAUCACUUGAUGCAGCAACAGGAUCAGCUUCAUGGUUUUGAUCAGAACUUGUGUAUGAUGAGUGAAAUCAUCAAUAACAACAACGGUUUACAACAUCCUAAUCUCUCAAACACUGUUCCACAUGAAUUCCCUUAUGGUAACACUAGCUUCUCUCAAGAUAUGUUUUCGAGCUAUGAUGGGAGCAGUUUGCUACAGACAUCUUCUCUGCCACCUCUCCACAACAUUCCUAACAGCUAUUGUUUUUCUGACAACUCAAGACUUCUCUGCUAA